AUGUCUCCACAAUCCUUUGACUGGAAUCUUUGGUGUUUAGGAAAGCCUCAUGCAAGAGUCGACACGUGCACAACAAGAGGUGGUUCGUGCAUUCGGUCAAACAUCCACUGUGAUGGUUACAUAGACCAAUAUGCUUUAGGAUGUAGAAAGAAUGUUUGCUGCAAACCAGCGCCAUCUACUGUUAAUCCUGAACCAGCACAUCCAGGCACAGACAAGUGCGGACUAAUAACACGGGUACAAACACGCCAUUUAGAUCCGCGCCUAAGAGUGGUGGGAGGUGACCCAGCUUUGGAUGGUGAAUGGCCCUGGCAAGUCAGUUUUCAGAAUGACCGCGGCCAUUUCUGUGGAGGGACGCUAGUGUCCGAUCAAUGGGUUGUUACCGCGGCUCACUGUCUCUAUGGACAAUCCAUUUCCGGUGUUUAUUUGUUACUUGGCGAACAUCACCAAGAAUACACUUCGAACAACGAGCGGAAUACAACGAUCCAAAAAGUGCUUAUACAUCCCAACUACUCCCCUGAACAUGGCCUCCCCAAUGACAUAGCUUUAGUCCAGCUCUCACAACCAGUAAAUCUGGCCGGACAUUACGUCAGAACAGCCUGUCUGCCUCAGAAAGAUGACGUAUUUACUGAUACAGACCAUUGUUACAUCAGUGGCUGGGGUUAUACUCAAGGAACUGGUGACAAUGUUGUACUACGGCAUCUUCGCAUUCCUAUAACUUCUACUUUGACGUGUAACUCCAGCUGGGACGGUGUCAUAACCGACAAACAGCUCUGUAUAGGAAGUGGGGACACAGGGGCAUGCCGGGGAGAUUCUGGAGGGCCGUUGGUGUGUAAACGUCAUGAUUCGUUUGUACUGGUGGGUGCGACGUCAUGGGGAUCAUCCACUUGCUCCGAGUUGGGUAAACCAAACGUGUUCACGAAAAUCACCGCUUAUCUCCCCUGGUUACAGAAUGAACUAUCGGCACUAUGAGUUCAAAUUCAGAUAAGGAAUGUCUAUUCAGAUUAAAUAAAUUGCGCAACAAACAAA